AUGAGGUUCAGCAGGAUUCUGGUGGGCUCAUUGAUUGGAGUGGGGGCAGCAAUUGACAUGGGUGGUCUGCUAAAUAAAGCCAACAAUGUGAAACAAGCAAUUUUAGCACGACUUGAAAGAACAAGCGAUAAGAUAGUUGAUGGAAGGCUCAGUUUGGCAUGGCAAAGCCCCCUCGACGAGCUCUUUGCACAACUGGACUCGGUUGGUGCUGUUUCGGCCGACGGGCACAAGUAUUAUACCGAGAUGAGCAGCUCGGAAAUCGAGAAUUCACCCAGCAAGCAGCUUUUGGAGUCGUUACCGAAGUUGAAGGACCAGUUUGUGGUCAGAUUCGAGAAGUGGGAGGACGGAGAAGUUCGUAGGGUUGUUCUGGAAACGGCCAAGAUACUCGGGGCGGAUAUUUGGGCAACUUCGAACUCGGGAAAGAGCAAGUUUAUAGACGUGAAGUGUGACAAGUUGGUGGUGAAGAAGAUCGUGGAGGAAGUGGGUAAGAGGUGCAAAGGUGCGCGGUACUCGGCGAGAUUGCUGAUUGGGGACCUUCCGCAGGCAAUAUUCGAGACUUUGGGCGAGUCACAGGCUGACUUUGAUCCAAAAGAGGAGGAAAACAUGCAGGCAACGAUGAAAAACGCGGAAAAAGACAGCCGGGAGUUGUUCCGGACGCAGAAAGACAUUUUUUUCAAGCAGUUCCGCCACUUGGACACCAUUUACAGCUGGUUCGACAUGCUCACGGAGACGUAUCCGGAUUUGUUGACGGUGGAAUGGAUAGGACAGACAUAUGAGGGCCGAGAUAUCCGUGCAUUGCGGAUUAGUGGGCACAAGUCGGACAACGAGUCGAUCCGGACCGUUGUCAUAACAGGUGGAAUUCACGCACGUGAGUGGAUCAGCAUUUCCACCGUCUGCUACAUCGUGUCGGGCUUGCUUGCCGAUUAUGAUGCCGGAAACAAGAAAGUCAGACACUACCUGGAGGAGUUGGACUUUCUGUUUCUUCCGGUGAUGAAUCCGGACGGUUAUGCGUACACGUGGAGCACUGAGCGGUUAUGGAGGAAGAACAGGCAGCAGACUUACCAUCCGCGGUGCUUUGGCAUCGAUAUUGACCACUCGUUCAACUUCCACUUCGAAAGAGGCCUCGAUUCUCCAUGCAGCGAGGAUUACUCGGGCCAGGACGCAUUCGAGAGUCUCGAGAGUUACGCUUGGGACAAUUACUUGAACAGCACGCGGCAUAGUCACCCAAUAUAUGCGUACAUAGACCUCCACUCGUAUGCAGAGGAGGUACUUUACCCUUACGCUUAUUCGUGCACUGAGAUGCCACGCGAUGAAGAGAACUUGCUAGAACUUGCAUACGGUCUUUCUCAGGCCAUCCGGCUUCGUUCUGGUGUCAACUACGAGGUUAUGUCUGCUUGUGAGGACCGGGGUGCCGAUCUUUUGCCUGAAAUGGGUGCAGGCUCUGCUUUAGACUACAUGUAUCACAAUAAAGCGUACUCGGCAUUCGUUCUCAAGCUUCGUGAUAGUGGAAGCCGUGGAUUUCUUCUUCCUUCGAAGUUUAUUGUGCCUGUUGGUAGGGAGGUGUACUCGGCAGUGAAGUAUUUUGCGGAUUUCUUGACCGAGCCGCCGGCAUGA